UUCCUGCUGUGCCAUGUAUUUUCUAUACUUCAAGACAUUAUUCUUCUAGGAAUUUAUGAGCCUAGAGGUUAUACAACUUUUGAGAGCAAUCCAGCAAUGCAAGGCACUCCCAGGAAUGAAUAUAGAUUUUCUCUAGGAAUGGCGAUAGUAAAUCUGAUAGUGAAGCCUAUAACAGCAUUCCUGUUGUACAGAAUAUAUCGUGAUCGAGGAGGUUCAUACUCCGACUUUAACAUUCCAGGUGUUGGCAAUCUUCCAGGAUUUGGUGGCAGUCCGCAGCAUAGCGCAUAUGAGAAUAUUGAUACACCAGCUCCCACUAACUCUGGAGGAAUGGAUGAUCACCAGCCAUAUGAGACCGGCCAACAGCCUUAUACAGGCUCAGAGAAACAUUAGUCAUCACCAUUGCCAUAGUAACAUUAAUACAUUUCAGUUCCCAUUUGCACAUGUUCAUUACCUCUUAAAUGAUUUUGUUUGACUGCAAUGAAUUGUACAAAUUGUCCUUUCUCAAUGGUAUUAAUUCUUAUAUAGCCUUUUAAAUGGAUAGAAUUAACAAAAGAAUGGAGGAAAAAUUGUCCCAGUGACAAGUAAGAGAGGUUGUAUCAUAAAUGCUUUUUUGUUCUCAUAUAUAAAUUUUUAAUUUUUUUUUUUUGUAAAUACAGAAGGUUGUCUGUGAGAGCUAAAUUUUAUCUUAGAAUACAAAGAAGUAUUUCUGUUUCAGAUAUGAAUCCAUUUUAAAAUGUGCAGUCAUUUUUUUUUGUUUUUGUUUUUUCCACGUUUUGAGAAAUUGAUUAAAAUAAGAAUACAGAAAUAGAUUAAAAGUUUUAGUUAUAAUGUACUAUAGUUUAGUUAAUUAUAUACUGAUUGACUGCUGACGUGGGUAUAAAGGUUGAUAUAUUGUGCAGGUAAAAUUAACUACUAACAUAUAUAUAUGGGGAUGUAGAUUUUCUAGUGUAGUUUGCUGUAACAAACAAUGAUCAGCUUUUGUCAUUAGUAUAGAGGCAGACAGACAUACACUUCUGUCUAACUAGGCUCUAUACCUGUUAGUUGACCAACUUCAGAUUUUCUUGAUAUCUCAAAAAAAAUUGAUAAUGUACAACUCAAAAACUGGAAACAGGACAAUUUAUUUAAGAAAUUCAGUUAUGGAUUAGAGAGCAAUUUUGAAUUCUGUCAAAAGAUAAAGAUCAGCAAAAUAUUUUUAAAAAAUUGUCAUACUAUAUAAGACGUUUUUGUAGACGUUUGAAUUGAACUGUUGUCAUGUGUAAACCUUGUGGAGUUGAACAAUGCCGGCAAAAUUCUAGUUCAGUAUUGUUAGAUUGUAAUUUGUUUAGACAGCAGUAAAGAUAGUGUUAUAGUUCAUACAUAUAUUAUCAGAUUGUUGUUAUUUAUAGAAUUGCUUCUAAUGCAUUCCAAUAUCACAAGUUUUUUUUAUAACUUACCUGUCUCAUUAUUUAUAGAAGUAUAUUUGUUUAUCUUAAUCAUUCCAUGGUGUUUGCACAUAUUAUAAAUCUGCAUUAUUGUUUUUCUGUAUAUUGUACAUGGGUAUAGUUUUGAACAAUCAUUUUAUUAUAGACAAUGUUUACCAAAAGUUAUAUACAACACAGAUUUUAAGUGUGAAGUUGAUGACACAUAGAAUACUUAACAGUUACUCUAAUCUUACAAAGAAUUCCCCCACCCCCAAAAUAAACUCCAUCAAAAAAUGAAUGUAUCAGUCGACCUUUUCACAUAUAGUUAAAAACAGUUUAUAUUUAAAGUAAACUUCUUUGAAGACAUUUGAAGUGUCAAUUAUCAAAAAGGUACAUUUUGAAUAUGAUCAAAAUUUAUAGACAGAUGGCCAAUUCUGUAGGUGGAGAAGACCUACAUGGUCUGUAUCAGUCAAUGAAAUGAUCUCUAUAUGUACUUAUAUAGGCAACAUACAUGUCCAUGCUUGUGUACUGCUAUUCAAUGAAUUUCUUCUCAUUUUCCUUGAACCGUAAAAAUAUUCUCGCCUUUAUUAUAUCAUUUUUGGAAAAUUGGUUGCCGCAAUAAGAAGCAUCUGUUAAAAGUGAAGUAAAUCUAAAAAUGUACUUAAUGAUCGUAUGCAUAAUGGUGAGAGAUGAUUCACAUUUCAUUUUGACAAUCAUUCUACAUCAUUUAUAGAAAUCAAAAUGAGAAUAGAUAUACCAUUAGAUAUAAUUCAGAAAUAAUAUUUACAGUGUUUGGUUUACAUGAAGGUUUGUAACAAAAAAUGUUGAUAUACUACUGACAGUUUGGAGUAUCAUAAAAUCUACAUAAUCUCUACAGUCCUUUAUAUAACUUGUUCUGAUCUAUAACUGAAGAUAAUCAUAUAGUUAUAAUUGUUUUAAUGGUAAAAGAGGAGUUCAAUAUAUGUAUGUUAAAUGUUAGUUUUUAUGUAUUGAAUUUUAUUAGAAGUUUACAUUAUUCAAUUUAUUCACUAUGUGUAUUACUGAAUUUUCAUUUUAGUUAUGGUUUAGAUAAAUACCCUUGUUGAUAUUGUUCAUGUUUGUCAAUUUAAGAAGGUUUCUUUAUUGGUUUUUUUUUGCAUAGUACAUGUAAUGUGUGACUUUUCUGACUACAUGAAUUUUCAAAAUCUUUUAACGUGGGAAAUAUUUGGAAAGAAUUUUGAAACAUAUUUCAUGAUAUACAAGAUAGAUUGUGGUAAUAAAUAUAAUCUUAUUAAACAAGCAAUUUUGUUGUAUUACAAAAAUUAUAUAUACAUGUAUAUUGAUAUUGUCUACAUGUAUGUACUUCACUUAAUUUAAAGUGAUAAUUUAUAGUGAUACUCUAAUGAUAUUUCUUCUAUUUUAUAUACUCUUGUACUAUAAAACAUGGGUAAAGAGUUUUACUGAAGACUUCAAAUUAGUUUGUGAUAACUUGCAGUACUUAUUGUUAACAUAAUGAAUGGUGUUUUUUGAAAAUAUAGUACAAUGUUUUAUAAUGGUAACAAGUAUAGUAGUUUAGUUUGUUAAAGCAUUAUUUAUUAAUAUAUUACCUGAUGGUGAAGGGGUUAUAUAUGUAUUAUAUUGUAUUUUACCACAUGAGCUUUCUAGUCAAUAUGUGUUUCUAAAACUUUAAUCUAUACUGUGUUUUAUAUAUGAUAAUGCCUUCACAAUUGAUGUUAAUUGGUUUGUUCUGUGUCUAAAUGUAUGAAAAAGCAUAAUAAUGAAGAAAUUGAUUAGAUUUUUGAAAAGUAAAAGAUAAUAUGAGCCACAUCACGACAAAACCAACUUGGUGCGUUUGCGACCAGCAUGGAUCCAGACCAGCCUGCGCAUCCCCGCUGUCUGAUCAGGAUCCAUGCUGUUUGCUAUUAGUUUCUCUACUUGUUAUAGGGUUUGUAAGCGAGCAGCAUGGAUCCUGAUCAGAAUGCGCGAAAGCGCAGACUGGUCUGGAUCCAUGCUGGUCGCAAAUCCACUAUGUUGUUUUUGUCAUGACGCAGCUCAUAUUACAUAAAUUAGGGAACAGAGGUUUUUUAUCUCACAAGUACUGUACAGCAAACAUGUUCAUUCUGAUACACAUCAUAAUUUGUAUUAAUGAGAACAGUGCUGAUAUAGAAACCAAACAUGUCAAGAUCUAAAUAGCUUCUUUCAACUAUAUUUCAUACCCCACAAAAUUGCUGAAAUUAAAGAUGUUCUCAAAUAGAAUUCUUGUCUCAUUAAUGUGCAAUAUUAUAGGAUUGAUGUAAGUUAAUAUUUCAGUUUGUUCAUAGUUAUGCUCAUUAAUGA